CCCUACUCUCUCAUAUGAAACUGCAAUUACUGCUUGAAUAAUUUAUAUUAAAUACAUAUAGAGACACUGAAAGAAUUAAUUUGUGUUUGAAGAGAGUGAAAUGUGCAGCCAACCAAGAACAAACACUGACAUUGCAGAGAGAGAGAGAGAGAGAGGAGUAACGAAAUUGUGAUUAAAAAUUGGUGAACAAGCAUUUUCUGCAUUAUUUUUAAUCUCAAAUGCACACGGGUUCUCCGGUUUCUUACUCUUUCUCUCACAGCAUUUUUCUUGGUUUUUAACGUGUGUUCUUUUUUUUUAUCCUUUUUUUUAUUUAUAUUUUUUGUUUUUUUCCACAACACAUGCACUCCUCUCUCUCUACAUACAUUUUCUACGUUCUCCAAAAAGAUUCUUUCAGAUCUACAGCAAAAAGUUUGGCCCUGAAUGAAGUUGCCCUGCCCUUUUGUUCUUAAACCAGAAAGGAUUAUAAUCAACAAUUCAUAGGAGAAUCAGAUAGAAGGUGCUAAAAUUUGUUUGUGAAAUGGAGACGAAUCAACCGAAAGAGACAGAUAUUGUCCUCUCUUCAACGUGGCCGGAAGAUAUAAUUGAACCCGGGAGGCUGUUCAAUGUAGAAAGGCCAGGAGCCGAUCAAGAUAUAUUGGAGGAGGUUGUAAUCAGCAAGGAGCCUGCAACAGUGGAUUUUAAGCAUCUUUCAGAGCUUAUGGACUACAGUGAGAAAGGUUCCUCGCAAUUGGCCUAUUUGGUAAAGAAUUGGGAACACAAACAGGAAAAAGCUGUAAGGCUUCUAAGAGAAGAACUCGAUACCCUUAGCAAGCAACAGCAAGAAGUUGAACUCAAGAAAUUAGAGAUAUUGGAAGAGCAUCGUAUUGAAUCGGAUGGAGAUGGGGGAUAUAAGCGUCCAAUUUCAACUUUGGAUGAAAAUUUACAAUAUGUUUAUCACGAUACUCCUCAGAGAAAGAACGAUGUUAUCUUCGAAGAUGAAACGUUAGACAUGCAUAUUGAAUAUGACAGCACAAUAUACUGGAAACAGCGAGCCAUGCAUUUAGAGAAGUUGUUAGAGGCAAGUCUCCAGCGAGAGCAGGUAUUGCAGGAAAAAUUGCAUGAAAGUACAGAAAAUCUUGAGAGGCAAUCCACCCCUGUGGAGGAAUUAUCCCAACUUUUAAAAAGAGCGGAUAAUUUCUUACAUUUUAUUCUCCAAAAUGCACCAGUUGUACUAGGCCACCAGGAUAAAGAACUGAGGUAUCGCUUUGCCUGUAAUCAAUUCCCAAGUUUGCUUGAGGAGGAUUUCAUAGGAAAAACAGAUGUGGAGAUUUUCAGUGGUUCUGGUGUGAAGGAAUCUCAAGAAUUCAAAAGAGAAGUUUUGUAUAAUGGAAUACCUGCAAAGAGGGAAAUUACAUUUGAGACAGACCUUUUUGGCUAUAAAACUUUUCUAAUUUAUGUGGAACCGGUUUUCAACAAAAUGGGGGAGUCCAUUGGAAUAAAUUAUAUGGGAAUGGAUAUAACCGUUCAGGUGAGGAAAAGAGAGAGAAUGGCAAAGCUUCAAGAGACAAUGGCUGUACAAAAAGCCAAAGACACAGAGCUUAAUAAAACAUUCCACAUAAAAGAGGAAGCAAUACGAGCAAAACAAAUUCUAGCAACGAUGUCAGAAGAGAUAAGAUCUCCCUUAUCUGAAGUUGUUAGCAUGGCUGAGAUCCUUUCCACGACUAAACUUGAUAAAGAACAACAAAAGUUAUCGAAUGUGAUAAUAUCUUCUAGUAAUCUGGUUCUUCAACUAAUAAAUGACAUCCUUGAUCUUUCCAAGGUGGAUUCAGUCAUGAAAUUGGAAUCUACGAAGUUUAGGCCGAGAGAGAUAGUAACGCACAUCUUGCAGACUGCAGCAGUAUCAGUGCAGAAAUUAUUAACAUUAGAAGGAUAUGUAGCGAAUGAUGUCCCCACAGAGGUUAUUGGAGAUGCCCAUAGGUUUCGGCAAAUCCUCACCAACUUGAUCAGCAAUGGGAUCAAGUUUACUCAUGAAGGCAAGGUUGGUAUAAAGGUUUAUGUCAUAGCAGAGCCACCUAGUGCAAUCAAACAAGGAUCUGAUAAGAAGAUUUCUUCAGAUCAAUCAAAAGUUUUACCAAAUAUAAAGGAAGACGAUAAAUGCUUAUCAAUUUCUCAGAGUAUGGGUGAUCAAAUUGGUACUCAUAGACCUAAAGAUGGAGAAGAUACUUGUGGAAGUGAUACACUUAAAAAUGAACCCAAUGACUCGAUAAGAAACGAGAUAAUGAUGGAUGAAGACAAAGAGAGCCUUUUCAAUACUCAAGAAAAAGUAGUGUGGAUAUGCUGUGAUAUCUAUGAUACUGGGAUCGGAAUUCCUGUUAAUAGGGGAUAUGACCUUUCUCAAUCUUGGUGCAACAAAAAGUGCUCACCUUGUUUAAGGAGUACAUGCAAGUUGGUGCAGAUACUGCUGGAGAGGAUGGUGGGACGGGAUUGAGCCUUGCAAUCUGUAAACAACUGGUUGAACUCAUGGGUGGUCAUCUCACUUUAUCCAAUAAAGAACACUGCUGGUCGACUUUUACGUUCGUACUACCUUUCAAGGUUUUGUCAGUGUAUGAUAGUUCCAAUGAUCUUGAUGAAGUGUCCGAUAUGGCCAGUCAUGAUGUCCUGGACGAUGCAAAUGACGAUGAUUUACAUCCCAAUAUUUUCCUGUUCCCACCGCGAUCUUUCCGAAGAAGUUUUGAUUGAUAAAAAAGAUGAAUAUGUUUCAACCGAUACGUAAAAAUAUCCACAUGUAUAGAUACCAUCAUCUAAGUCUACAAAGACGUAUCUUUUGAAAGAAGUUUGUAUUAUUUGAAAAGAAGUUUUGAUUAAUAAAAAAGAUGAAUCUAUUUUAAUUGAUAU